UUUCGUCCUCAGCUUCCGCCACGUGUCCGCUCCACCGCCAUUCGCACCGCCGACCCCAACCUAUAAAUUCAAGCUUCCCGAACGACACCACUUCGCAUUCGCUCCUUCUUCUUCCCACGAUCCCUAGAGACCUCGCUCCCCUCAUCCCCAUCGCUCGCUCAGAUCGUACGAUGCUCAGAAUCGCCAGAGAGAAGCUGAUCGCGGCGGCAGCCCCGCUGCGUCCGCUGUCGGUCCUGCGGCGGGCGUACCACGAGAGGGUGGUCGACCACUACAACAACCCUCGCAACGUCGGGUCCUUUGAGAAGGACGAUCUGGCGGUCGGCACGGGCCUGGUCGGAGCACCGGCGUGCGGUGACGUCAUGAAGCUCCAGAUCAAGGUCGACGAUGCGUCCGGGAAGAUCGUGGAUGCUCGUUUCAAAACUUUCGGGUGCGGUUCGGCCAUCGCUUCUUCCUCCGUUGCUACUGAAUGGGUGAAGGGCAGAGACAUGGAGGACGUCUUAUCCAUUAAGAAUACGGAAAUUGCGAAGCAUCUCGCCCUUCCGCCAGUGAAGUUGCACUGCAGCAUGCUUGCUGAGGAUGCCAUCAAGGCGGCCGUAAAAGAUUACGAAGCUAAACGUGCCGAAUCAAAUGGCCGUCCCGAUGCCAGUCCCAAGGCGGUCGAUGCUUGAGAUAUAGAGAUGCUGAUGUAAAUAUAAGGACAGAGCUCACUGUCGCUGGACGUACUGCCUGUUUGUUUUAGCAAUGUUCUAAAACCUAGUAUUUGUAUGUACUUGUGUGAGUAUCGUAUGUAUGUUUUAUGUUAUGCCUAGCGCCGUGAUGAAUGUAUUGAUGAUCCUUAAGGAGAUCAUUUGAUGUUCUUGCUUUGCAUAAAGCAAUGGCUUCUCAGUGGUGAUGUCCAAAAAGUUUUUAGAUGCUAAGGCUGUUUGUGUCGAGGGUGUCCUCUUCCUAGAACUUCGGGGAAAUAUUGGUCACUGGAUCUAUAUAUAUGUAUGAGGAGCUCUCUUAACAGA